AUGUCUUCGACCGAAAAUUCUGUCACCCAAGGAGCUUCUAAUGAUUCUUCAAAGAGGAAUAAUCCAUAUUUCUCAAAGAACCUCUCUAGUAUAACCAAGAGUUAUAAAGAUCGAUUAAACGCGUUACACAAAAAGAGGGUAAGUGUUUUUAAUAUUUUUAUCGUCUUCACAGGAUGUUUGGUUGGCAAUUGCUAGUGCCUUUGAUGAUAUCUCCUGAGAGGGAGGUCAUCAACUUCUUUACCCACUGCUUACGCUUACGGUCUUAUAGUUUUAAACAAGCGUUAAUUUCAGGAAGAGGCCAGAAAACUAAACCAUGAACAAGUUGUCGAAGAAGAUCGCAUAUCCAAAUUGCCGAAGAAUUUCGAAGCUAGAAAGAAGAGAAAGGAAUGGGAAUUGGAGGAGAUGGAAGCAAGGAAGGAAUGUGAAGAGAAAGGUGAAGACUUUGAUAGAAAUAAGGCGCUGAAUAUACAAGCGGACGUUGCCGACAAGAUUGCAGCGUCGAAGAAGAGAAAAAAGAAUCCUGAUACUGGAUUUGCAAGUAAGUCUUUGACCUUUGCUGAAGUAUAACAACACAUGCUUUUUUGUUUAUUGCUCUUUUAGAUUAUGAGGCCAUGUCAAUGCGUCAGUACGAGCGAUUAACCAACAACAUCAAGCCGGAUAUGAAGACUUACCAACAGAUGAAAGCCGUCGUGUAAGUUCACCACUUAUUUUUCCCAUUUAUGUUUUUAGAGGAGAGUCAGAGUUCUACCCAUCAGUCGACACACUUAUUACUGGUUCUCACUAUCCAACCGAUAAAGCGUUGGGAAAACUAUCAGAGGAUGUGAAGGGACAAGCCAAGAAACGAGAACAGUACCACAGAAGGAGAAUGUUCGAUCCCGAAGCGCCCAUCGACUACAUCAACGAAAGAAACAGGAAGUUCAACCAGAAAUUGGAGAGAUUCUAUGGAGAAUUCACUCAGGAUAUCAAGGAAGAUCUGGAGAGAGGAACAGCUAUCUGA